UUCGCUCGGCCUUCGGCCCAGCUGGCAUAGCGGUUCCUGCUGUUGCUCCUCUGAGGCGGGACCGUGCCCGUGUUCCUGCCGCGGCAUGAAGAGGAUCUUCGGGUUCGGAAGGAAGCGGAAGGGGCAGCAGCCCCUCGGCAGCCCCUCAACGCCCCGUCCCGCCGGUGCGUACGAUCUCUGGCAGAAGGGCAAGCUGCACCGCGCGGCCGCCUGCGGCGACUUGGCCCAGGUGCGGCAGGGGCUGAAGAAGCACGGCGUCGACGAGCGGGACAAAGCGGAGAGGACACCUUUGCAUCUUGCUUGUGCAAAUGGCCAUGCGGAUGUUGUCACAUACCUUGUAGAAAACAAGUGUAAGCUAAAUCUUUUUGACAGUGAUAACAGAUCGCCACUGAUGAAGGCAGUACAGUGCCAGCAAGAAAAGUGUGUGGCUAUUCUGCUAGAGCAUGGUGCUGACCCAGAUCUGGCAGAUGCAGAUGGGAAUACUGCCCUUCAUCUUGCUGUUUUAUCUCCUAAUACAUCUGUAGCAGGGCUAUUAAUUGAGCAUAAUGCCAACAUUGAUGCCCAGAAUAAGGAGGGAUGUACCCCGCUUAUUCUUGCUGUCUCAGAACAUCAGGAAGAGAUAGUGGAAUUUCUUCUUAAAAAGGGAGCUGAUGUGCAUGCUCGAGAUCAGUGUGGAAGAACUCCACUUAUGACUGCUGCUUCUGGUGGGGAGCCUAAUUUGAUAAAAGUUCUUCUUCAUUAUGGUGCUGAUGUUUCCCAUAAAGACACUAAUGGGUGGACAGCUGAGGAUUAUGCUGUUAUCUGUGGAUAUUCUAGUCUUAGUAAACAACUGUCAGAAUACAAAGACUGGAAAAACACAGGAGAAGCUUCUGCAAGCACUCAGCACAAGGCAGGAGCUUGUGACUUUACACUGGGUGCACCUGCUAUGGACAGAGGAGGAAUGCCACAAUCUCCUAACCAGCUAUCAAGAAUGGGAAAAUCAAGGAAAGCAAUGGAUGCGUUUUCCCAAGGAGUCUCAAUAAGAACCUCUGAGGAGGGGAAUGAUGACACUUGGCAUACUUCUGAGGAGGAGGAACAACUUGAUUUUACGCCCAAGCUGCAGAAGCCAAACUUGACACUGUUAAUGAAUGCUUCCCAGCAGUACAGGAAAAAAAAUGGUGAUAGUUCUAGAAUUGAAAAUCUUAAGUCACCAAAGAAAUGCCUCAGAGAAAGAACCCUGUCGGAUGCAAAUGCAAGUAAAGGAAAAUGUGAACAGUUGCUUCAAGAUGUGUCAAAUGCGAAAAGCCUGGAGGAGGAGGAAAUAGAGGAGGAAGAGGAAUUUGAUGAAAAAGAUAAUGGAGAUGAUGAGGAGGAAGAGGAAGAAGAGGAUGAAGAUCUUACUCAAGAUGAAAAGGAGGAGGAAGAUCUUGAAGAUGAAGAAACUCAGUCUAAUGGCAUAGUGGAGGAGGAGCAGGGUGGAUGUUAUGAACGGUCACAAGAAAAUAAAACUGCUAUGUCUCCAAAGAUAAUGAAUAAUGAAGUAUCUUGCAAGACAGUACCAAAACAAGCUGUCUUUCAAAAUCUAAAUAAUUUGCAAGAUACAAAAGAAAGGUGGAACAAGAAAAGCAUGAUCCAGAAGUUUCACAGAAAUGCUGACUCUUCUUUUGUAGACUCUGAAAAGACAAACUGGAAAAAGGAGAUACCUCAGCCUCUCUCAGGUAGCUGUGGUCUUAAGGAGAAAAAGUCAAGCUUUGGUGAUGGCUUUGAAAAUGGUGAUAAUUCUUGUUUAGCAGCAAAAAGCCCAAGUCUUGGAAGUCAAAGACCAAACUCUCUUCUUGAAUGUGUGGAUGAUGAGGAUACUGAAGAAGAGCAAUGUGAAGAAGUAGAUGGUGAAGUCUGUGAAGCACUGAAUCAAGAAAGUGAAAACUUGUGCUUAAACAAGUGUGAAGAAAAUUUAAAAGCAGCAUUUUACUCGAGCACCAAAGAGGAAUCGUCUGAGUGCGGUGGCGAGGAGGAGAAGCAGGAGAAGCAAGAUGUUGGUGAAGAGCUACAAACUGCAGUUGUUGAGGGUGCCCUGACAGCAGUGGAAGCAGAGGAAGAUUCUUCCUCUCCCUGGGAUUCUGAGGUUAUAGAGACAGAUUCUGAAGAUCUGAGAAAAGCAUCAUCUGGUGUGGUGUUCCCAGCUGCAGACAGACAUGGAGCAUGCUCUCAGGUUGCUUCAGGGGAACACAAUGGCUUUUCAGAGAAACCCAGCAAUUCCCAGUUAAAGACUCCCGAAGCUGUUUUGGAAAUAAAUGAACCCUCUCCUAAAAAUAGGCAGGAGAAAUCAGAUCUGAUGGAGGAAUUUGGUUUAGGAGAUGCAGAGAAUAUUAAAGGUGAGUAUUCAGGAUCUACCUCUCACAUGUCAUCAUCAGCUACAAAAGAAGACAUCAAGGAUACCACUGAAAACUAUGGGGUACAGGAUAAAUAUAUCUUAGAAACUACCAACUUGAUACAAAAAGCAGCACAUGAAAAUCAGACUGACAGAACAGAAAUUUCACACCAUGAUGAAAAGUCACAUAGUGCUAACAAGCAGUUAAGUCAAAAAACUUGGGAAGAAAGGUAUGAAAAACUGUGGGUUGAAAAUGAAAAAAGGGCAUUGAAAACAAGCUUUAAAAACAUUACAGCAGAGCUGAAGCAACUGUUUGGUGAAAUUAAUGAAACCUGGAAAGCUACUUCCCUUGUGGAAGAAGUGUCAGAAGAUGGCUUGAGUGAAGAACUGAAGAGUUCUGUUGUUUCAUCUCCUGCGACAGUAUCAAGUAGUAAGCUAGAAAGUAAAGGUGAUUUUGAAGAUAUUAAACCUAUGUUAGGUGGAAAAGUACCCAAAAUGGAAAUUGUAAUUCCAAGUCUUGGUGUCCUUCCUGAUCAAAAUGACUUAAAUGCAAAUAUGGAAGAUACCUGGAGUGCAGAUGAAGAAGAUGGCAGAAACGGUAGAGAUAAUACAAAGGUGCCCGUGGCAACAGAAGAGGAAAAGAAAGUGCCUACAAUGAAAAUGGAAGAGAAAGAAAAUGGAACUAGUAGGAAAGUAGAGGGAGAUCCUGAAUGCUCCCUGAGACCCAGCUUAAAAACAGAUAUUUUGGAUGUUGUUUCUAAUUCUCUUCCUAAAAUAAGACCUGUUUCUAUAAGUGAUGAAGAUGCACUUUUUGCAACAGAAAGGAAGCUUGAAAAAGUCUCUGGAUUUAAUGAAGAUCUUUCCAGUGACUGCCUUCUUGACAAUAAUAAUAUAGGAGAAACAGGAAUUGAAAGUCCUUUCGCAAAUGCUCAGCAGUCAUGUGGCAGGCUGAAAAGGAAUCUUGAUGAGCAACUAAAACAAGAUAUGCAAAGAUUUAAGAGUAAGAUAGGAAUGCUGCAAAUAGCAUUCCUGGCUUUGGAGAAAGAGAAGGCAGAGCUGCAAAAAGAGGUUGAGAAAGACAAAAGCAAAGAAAGAUGUUUAAAAAUGCAGGUGAUGGCAAAACAAGAUGACCCUGAUAAAUUAAAUACACCACCAUGCAACACUGCUGAUCAGCAAAGGAAACAGAAGCUUGCUGUAAGGAAGAAUGAGUGUUUGAAAACGGAGAAUGAAAGUGCUAUAGAAGAAAAGGACAAAAAGAAUUUUUCACCUGAGAAGAGGUCAAAACUGAGUAAAAUGCCAAUGAAAGGAAAACUUGCUCUAAAAGCAGAAGUUGCAAAGAAAAACAAAAGGUGGACUUUGAAGAAGGCGGCUAAUCAGCAGUUGAGCUCUUCCAGUGGAAAUAAUUUUCAAGUACUGGAUGACAGCACUUCCAGUGAGGCAUCUCAAGAUGAAGGAAGACCUGCAGCCAGAACAGGGUUUGAAAAGAACAAGGUCAGCAUAGAAAUGGAUGUAACUGAUGACCUUGAUUUAACUCGCUCAUCCGACACAACUUCAGAGGAUGCUGAAUUGCCAACUUCAGCCUACGAAGAGGCUAUGUUGCUGUUAGAACAGCUCAGUGUGGAUCCUACAGGUUCUUCUAUUUUGUUGAAAAUUCAAAACAUACUACUUCAGUAUGAGCAGAAAAUAAAACAUGAAAAAAAUCGGUACAAAGCUGUCUGGAGAGAAGUACGGAAAUUGGAAAACAAAGAGUCAAAAUUAAUAGUGGAGGAGACUCGAGAUUUGAAAUCCAUAUUGGCUCACCAGGAAGUGGAAUGGAAAAGUGAUAUCCAUAGCCUUAAAUGUACUUUGAAACAAGAAGAGGAAAAGAUGCUCAAAUUAGAGACAUCGUAUGAGAAAACAAGAGAAGAACUCCGAAGGAAAAAUGAUCAAUAUUGUAAAGAGAUGGAGGAAAAACAGCAACUUGAAUUACACUCGAAGAAUUUAGAAAUGGAGGUAGUAACACUGAGAAAGCUCUUGAGACAGGUUGAAGAAGAGCGUGAUGAAACACAGAAACAGCUCUCUCGGGAAAAGAGUGCCAGAGCCCUGCAAGAAGGAAUUUUGAACAAUCACCUUUGGAGGCAAAAGGAACUAGAAGAAGAAGCAAGAAGAACUCUAGAAAAAAAUUCAGAGGAGUCCGACACUGAGAGAGAAAAGGAUCUGUUGUACAAAAAUCAGUUGCUACAAGAUGAGAUUGGUAUGCUAAGACUGGAACUUGACCAAGUAAGACUUAGGCAGCAGGAGGAAGAAAGAAAAUAUUUAGAGGAAAAUGAAGCCUUGAAAGAAAAAUGUGAGGAUCUCAAAAAGGAACUGAAACUAAAUGAAGAAGCCUUAACACAAACAGUUUUUCAGUACAAUGGACAGCUGAACUUAUUAAAGACAGAAUCUGCAGUGCUAUCUUCCAAACUUGAGCAGACAAAAGAAAGCAAAGACAGACUAGAGACAGAAAUUGAAUCAUUACGUUCCCGUCUGAACACUGCUGCUCAAGAACUUGAACGUCAUCAGUCAUCAAAAUCUGAUGUAGAACGAACAUUUCAGAGAGAACGUGAUGAAUGGCUUCGCUUGCAAGACAAGCUCCAUCAUGACCUCUCUGAUGUACGAGAAACCAAUAAGAGCUUGUCUCAGCAGCUGAGUAAAGCCGAAAGCAAAGCUAAUAGUCUAGAAAAUGAGCUUCACCAGUUGAAACAAACAUUCAGAGAAAAAACACUGCUUUUGGAAAUGACACAAAAAGAAUUAAGUCAAGCCCAGUGUCAGGUAAAGGAAUGUGAUCAUGCUCGACAACUUGAGAAAGAUCAAGUAAGCAAAUGUAUAAUAAAGCAGGAAUCCAUGCAGGAGCGACUGGUCCAGCUUCAGAGUGAAAACCUUUUACUCCGUCAGCAACUGGAAGAUAUGCAGAACAAGGGGAUCAUCAAAGAAAAAAUAGUGAAUGAUGUACAGGAUCGGUUUAAUGAUAUUUUCAAUACACUCAGAGCUGAUACUGAAAAGCAAGUUCGCCUAGUGGAAGAGAGAAAUAAGGAACUGAAUGCCAAGUGUACUGAUUUAAGAGAACAAGUCUUUAAAUACGAGACUGAGAAAGCAGAAAGAGAGGGAGUGGUCAGACAACUGCAGCAGGAGCUUGCCGAUGCUCUUAAAAAGCAGUCUAUGUCAGAAGCUUCACUUGAAGUUACUACACGCUACCGCUGUGACCUGGAGGAGGACAAGCUGCGCUUGCAAAAGGAACUGGAAAAGGCUAACACUAAGAUCCAGGAGUUGGAAGAACAGAAACUUCAGUCUGAGUGUUGUGUCCAUGACUUGAAGACUGUCUUGGAUAAUAAGGAAAGAGAAGCAGUAGCUUCUUGCCAAAAACUGCAGGACCUUCUGUUGACAUCUUCUGGGACUAAUGCUACUAUCAAACAACUGGAAGAACACGUGCAGCGUCUUGAAAUUGAAAAGGCCAGAUUGGAAGCCACGGUCCAGCAACAAAGCAGUAGGACUGAAGCCCUUCAGAGAGACCUGCAAGCCUCCGUCUCAGUUCAUAAUCUCUUGGAAGACUUGGUAACUAGCUUACGGACAGCACAGGCAGCUGCAGAGGAUCACCACCAACAGAUGCAAAAGCAGAAUGUGCUGGGUCUGACAUCAAAUGACUUACACAGCAUGUGGGAAGAGCAGUUGAAGUCAAGAUCCCACCUUGAAGAGCGUGUUGCUCAGCUUGACAGGGAAAAGGCUGAACUCCUGGAACAGUGUGAGAAUGAAAGAAAGAAAGUGAAAAAGCUGGUAGAGUUGAAACGCCCAGUCGAACUGCGUCUGGAUCAGGAAAUGAAAAGAAACAUUGAACUGCAGAAAGACACUAAGAGGUUGAAGAGGCUUAUGAUCAGAGCUAUAAAGAAAGUAAGGGUAUAUGAGGAGAGAGAGAUGGAGUCCCAGCUUAAUUGCCAGGGAGAAGUGAAGAACAGGUGUUCUGAAACGGUCAAUGAACUUGGUAGAUUAAGAGCAACGGUUGGUGACCUUUCCCAGCAGCUGGAGAAAGAGUCUAAAAUAUGCAUGCAGCUCAAAGCACAAAAUUGCAUUUUGCGGGAAGAGUUGUCCACCAUGCGUGAGAGCCAUACAAAACUGGAGAAGAGCGAAUGCCAGCUGAAAGAAGAGGUGGCUAAGCUCAAACAUUACAUGGAGACUAACAUGGUAGAUUUCAGCCAGAUAGAGCAAUACAAACGAGAGGUAGAGGAACGAGCGGCACAAGAAAUAAGACAAAAACUAGGAGAAGUCAAUCUGUUUUUGCAGACGCAGGCAGUUUCCCAGGACAGAUUAGAACAAAUCAGAGCCAGUCAUCAUGCUUCUCUGAGAAACCAGCUAAAGCAUAGAAUAAGAGAUCUUGAAUGUGAAUUGAACAAAAUAAAAAAUACACAGCAAGACGGUAUUUUUCAACAAGAAUCCACACACGCGGAAUUGGAAAGGUACAAAGAGCUGUAUCUGGAGGAAUUAAAAAUUAGAAGGCGCCUAGGAGAUAAACUGGAAAGAGCUAAUGAGAGACUAGGAGAAGCCAAUGCUAAGCUCCUUCAGGAGCGCCGCAGAAACAAAUCUUUAUUCACAAGCAGCAUUGUCAGUGGAGGUCUGGCUGAAAGUCCAGUUCAGUAUUCAACUGACCUGGGACAUCUUGGCAACAACUUGACACUGAACAGAAGUUUAAGUCUAGGAGGAAGCUUCCCAAGUCCGACCUGGAACGCAUUGUCAUCAAGAAACAGGGUUGAAGCCUAUAUGGCUAAGGUACGGCAGGAACUGGAUGAAAAAAUCACUAAAGAACUUGAACAGGCCACUGCUGAACUUGAAACUGGAUCUGCUGGAGCCUCUCCCAUGAUACCUGUUGAUGGAUCUUCAGAAAACGACCAUGGUGUUGACAGGCUCUUCUUUGCAGGACAAUACAUGAGUACCGUGAUGUUUUAACCCAAAAUUGCCUAAUUUGAACAAAAUGCUUUGGAAAAGCUCUGGAAACAAAUUUGUUUACAUAGUGUAUCUGUGGUUUCCCAUCCCAUGGUACAGAUGUGAAAACAUGGUUAUUGCCGUGUGACUAUUUGUCUACUAAAUGGAUGUCAAGCA